AGAAAAGCAAAACAAAAAUGGCAAAAUGUUGUCUUAGAUGACAAAUAUGAGUCUAUUUAUAUCGAACUUCUCGAUAAUUUUAAACUACUGACCUGGUUACCUGCGCAAGGUAUCAAACGACAAACAAGAUACACAGUGAUCACUUUGAAGCAUCUUUAUCAAGAAACAGGACUGUGUCAAUUCAGUGGAUAGGAAUAUCAUGAUUUCAAUAUUAUAGAUAGAAAACAUGUCUAAAAGCAAGAAGAGGAAACUCUCUAAAGAGGAGCCGGUCAGGUUUCCGGGAGAAGUGGAUGAAGUACAUCCAUUACCCUUCAUAACAAUGCCCCCGCAACCCAAUGAGAAAAAACUGGGUCAGUUAUCCAGGAAACAGCUCAAACAAUUUUUUGAUGAGGGAUACACAGUAGUUGAGGAUUUCUUCACGCCAGAAGAGCUUCAGCCUUGUCGAGACUCUAUCUCCGAGAUGGUCGAUAAUCUGGCAGAUAAACUCUACCAGGCAGGGAAGAUAACAGAAAAGUUUACGGAAUACGACUUGUUCCAGAGACUCACAAAACUAGAAGAGGCAUACCCUGGAUCAAAUAUUCUUCUGUUCAAGUCCCAAAAGAUGCCUAAGUCUUUUCAAAAUUUGUGGUGCAAUGAAAGAUUGUUAAACAUUAUGGAGCAAAUCAUUGGACCGGAAGUCGCGGGACAUCCCGUCUGGAAUUUGCGCACAAAAACACCAAACAGUUUAGCAGUCGAUAUCCCCUGGCAUCAAGACAGCGCUUAUUUCAGCAAUGAGUCAUAUGAUCACAUGAUUGCUACAGCUUGGAUACCAUUUCUGGAUGCAACAAAAGAGAAUGGCUGCAUGCAGGUUGCAAAAAAUGGACACCGGAAGGGGAAGGUCGCCACACAUCAGUGCUGUGCAGGUCCCACGUGGUACGUUAUGCUGGAGGAGGAGGAGAUGGCGAAAACUCUUGGUAUAAAAGUCUCACAUGUUGAUACUGACACGGAUAUCAUGACAUUACCAAUAACAUAUGGAGGAUUUCUGCUCUUCAAUAAUCUCACGCCCCACAGAAGCCUAAUGAAUUACUCUAAUGAAAUCCGAUGGAGUGUUGACUUGAGAUGGCAAUCACCAAAGCAUCACUGGGGGUUUUACGACAUUGGGGAGGGGGUUCUGUUCCGGUCUGCCGAAAAGGAAUUCAAGGACCCUGACUGGGACAAAUUCUUCUCCGUAGACAGAAAAGAAAUAUGGCAGAAGAAAUAUUUCAAACAGAAAGAUGACUUGGACCCCUUUGAUACUACAAUAACAGGUCCCUGGAUUGGUCGCUGGGAAAUCGUCAACCACAACAAGCACACCGACGCAUUUAAGCCGGGUUAGGCGUCAAUCCAUGUCUUCCUGCUCCUUGUGUGUGCAUUCUACUUGAAAUACUAAUAUUGCAUCGUAUCAUUUUCUAAAUGUUGAGACUCUAUAUAAUCGUUAUUCAGUGCACGAACAUCUUUUGCCAACUUGCAUUGAUUUGGAUUUCUGAGUAAAUUCUUAAAAUGGUUGACGUAUUGUUAUUACAGCAAUAAAAUAUUCCAAUAAAA